CAUCUGUGCCCAGAAGUGCCCACCAGUGUCACCCAGCAGUGCCACACACCUGUGCCCAGAAGUGCUACCUAUCUGUGCCCAGCAGUGCCACCCACCAGUGCCCAUCAGUGCAGCCCAGCAGUGCUGCCAGUCAUUGCCACCAGUCAGUGCCCAUUGCACCAGUCAAUGCCUAGCAGUGCCGCCAGUCGGUGCCCAGCAGUGAUGCCAGUCAGUGCCACCUAUCAGUGCCGCCUAUCCGUGCCACCUCAUUAGUGCUGCCUAUCAGUGCCCUCCAGUGCUGUCUAUCAGUGCCCAUCAGUGCUGCCUAUCAGUGCCGCUUAUCAUUGCCCAUCAGUGCUGCCUCAUCAACACACAUCAGUGAAGGAGAAAAAUUACCUGUUUG